CAUCCCCAGGUGAAUCUCUGCAAAAUGGGCCGGAUAAUUUUCUACGAGGACAAGAACUUCCAGGGUCGUCGGUACGAAUGCGACAACGACUGUUCUGACUUCCACACCUACCUGAACCGGUGCAACUCCAUCCGUGUGGAGAGUGGAGCUUGGGUGGUGUACGAGAGGCCUAACUUCAUGGGCUGCCAGUACGUCCUGACCCGGGGCGAGUAUCUGGAUUACCAGCGCUGGAUGGGUCUCAAUGAUCGCAUCUGUUCCUGCAAAAUGAUCCACUUUGUCAGUGGUUCCGAGUACAAGAUCCAGCUCUACGACAAAGGAGACUUCGGCGGCCGAGUAUACGAGACCACCGAGGACUGCCCGUCCGUGGUGGACCGCUUCCGUACCCGCGAGGUCCACUCCUGCAAGGUGCUGGAUGGGAUCUGGAUCUUCUACGAGCACCCAAACUACAGAGGGCGCCAGUAUCUACUGGAGAAGGGGGAAUACCGUAAACCCGUGGACUGGGCGGCCGUCUGCCCCACGGUCCAGUCCAUCAAACGCCUGACGGAGUGACGUC